AUGGCCUCCUUUUCUUUACUUUUUGUGACGAUCGUUUUGUCAUUAAUGCUGCCAUUUUUGUCUCCUAUAGCAGCGAAUGAAGCAUUGAUAGAAAAGACAUGCCAUACAACUCCCUACUACGACCUUUGCCUUUCCACCCUCCAUUCCGACAGCUCCAGUGGCAAUGCCAACACCAAAGGUCUCGUCGAAAUCAUUGUCCGAAAAGCCGAAGAGAGUGUGGCGGAUACAGCCGCCUUCAUCGCUGACCAUUUGAAGAAGAAUGCAACCGAGUAUGGGCAGGCCGGGCCAUUGUGUGAAGACCAUUAUAACUCCGCGAAGCAAAGCCUUCAGGAGUCGUUGAAUGACUUGCAAGCCAAUCAGUUUGAUGCUGCAGGAAUAAAGAGCAGUGAAGCUAGGGAAAGUGCCAAGACUUGUGGCUCUGAUUUUGGUAGGAUUGGUUUGGAUUAUCCUAGUGAAUUGGCACAGAGAGAAGAUAUGCUUGAGAAGCUUUGUGAUAUUGCUUCUGCUAUUAUUUCUUCUAGCUUUGUGGCUUGA